ACACCAGUAGAACUAGUUUGAAACACCUUUAGUGGGUGUAUACAGGGGCAUGUCAGUACAGCACCCUCGCCCUGCGCCGAGCGAGGAAGGGCUGACUGACAGCACAUGCCUGCCUGCCUGGCUGCUUGUGGGACAGCCGUGGACACAGGGGAGGAGAGGAGAGGUUCCCCCUCGCAGCGACCCACAACUCACCAGAUCCGUGUGAGGUUCUGUCCACAAGGAAUGUCAGGGUGUUUGUUUUGGCCGGCAACCCAUCUAGUGUCGCCUCCCUCUCACUCACUCACCGCUCCUGGGACUGUGGGUGUGUGUGUGUGUGAGUGUGGGACAGGGCAGCCCAUGUACAAGCAGCAACUUGGUCUGAGCGACCCCGGGCACCGCUGAUGCGAUGGACUUGGAGCACAGGAGGUCCAGACAAGGCAGGAAACGGCAGCGACUCAGAGAGAUGCACAUUUCCAAUGGCGGGGAGAUGGAGGCUGUCAAGGGCGAGCUGAUGGAUAGACCCUGCCUGAAGAACCACAUGACCACGUGCCAAGGGGAGAGCGUCUCGUUCAACGCCGCGGGCGAGCCAGCGCUGAACGGCAAACGGAGAAACAGCCUGGACGUGCCGAGCGGCGAGGAAACGGGAGAGAAAGGCGAGCAGGAACCAAGGGCCCAGAGGAACCCCAACGCCUGCCUCUGCAGGCAGCAGAUCCUGAGGCCCAAGGCGGACCUCAAGAGACAGUCGGCUCUGCCCAUCGCCAUCGGCGAGCCUCCCCCGGUCGACGACGAACCGCUCGGGGGGGGGCCGGGGGCAACGGAGAGGUGGAUGCUGGGCGACACGGGCCAGGAGGCAGCGUUGGUCACUCCGGCCCUGUCUGGCCGCCAGAUCGUGGGCAAGGCUGACAGCUGGCCGCACCAGCGCUUCCCCGCGGGCACCAGCUUCGGCGCCGCCUCCAAGAGCGACUUCUCGCUCAACACGCUGCAGGUCGAGGCCGAGAGGGACGAUUUGGGCGCACGGCACCGGAGACCAUCGCAGAGCUCGGACCCGGAGAAAACCGCAAGGAGGAAGAUGCGGGUUUACUCGACAGACAGCCCGAGCGAGGAGUCGUUAAGCAGCGGCAGCGUGGACUGCGAGUCCAUGUUCACGGGGACCCUGUUUGACGACGACUCGAAGGACAAUGAUUUCCUCAACCAGAGCUUCUCGCUGGAUGACGAGACUGAACCUUCGGACUCUAGUGGCGGUGAGCAGCCGCUCGCCAUCCCAAUGCCCGGGAUGGAGCCGGAGCCGGAGACGGAGACGGAGCCGGAGACGGAGACGGAGACCAAAGGGGAACUGAUUGUCCAGGGCCAGACCCAGCCUGUCGCUGCCUGCCUGGAGCAAGAGAAGCGGCGGUUCUCCGCUUCCGAACUGAUAAACAGACUUCAUCUCUCGCAGAAGAAAGUGGCGCAGGCCCUGAAACUCAGCAAAUCCUUGACGGGGAUAUCUCUCUCCCGGGAAAAGUUGACUAACAUCGUCUCUGCUGAAGGCCCUCCACCGCCCACGUUCCUCAAGGGCGCAGAAGGUAAGACCCCCGCGCGGUUCUGCUCAACCGGUUAUUGGCCGCAGUUGCCAAUUUCUGGCACCGUUUUCAAAAGGAAAAAGUCCAAAGUCCAAAGUCGGGCCCGUGUGCUGGAUGUACUGGGGUGGCUACCGAUCCAGGCGAGGCCCAGGCUUCUGCAGGGCCUACUCCGUUACACACUCGGCCUGGCUCGGCCUGGCGACCAUCAGUUGGACACGUGUGUUGGCGAGAGGGAGAUGCCUGGAACAAACGAGUUAUUGCAGAAAAGAGAAUCAAAGUACAUCAAAAGCACAAGCUCGAGGAGGUCUUCGCCGGAUUCUUCAGUGGUGGACGCGACUCUAUCCCUUGCCGGCUUUGUGGCCUCCUCCGUACUCAACUCUUCCUCCCAGCUCACCCCCAAAGACUCCAGCUUCACCCUCUGGAGCGAGAUCCCAGAGGUGAAGAGUUCUGGCCUGCUGGAUGUCCUCAGUGCCCAGGAGCGUAAACUGCAGGAGGUACGAGCUAUUGUAAGUCCGGGUGGGCUCUGCAACGGGAUGGGUGGCUGUUCGCCGUUCUUGAAAAAAAAUGUUUUUAACGAGUUGACAUCCGAUGAGAUGAGAUGA